AUGACGUUGCCAACGUCGGACGUGACCUUGGCGCUUGGUAGCUGGCUACUCUUCUUCCUGUUCGCUCGUUUCUUCUUUUCAUGGUGGCUUUUUCGUGAUUAUGCCGUGCGGAAUGCUGCCACUCCGUUGCUUUUCGCCGCUACAUUGACGUUUUCACUGAGUAUCUUCCAAAUGGUUCUAUUCGAAGUUACGGAUGUGAUGCAUGUGGGCAGUCGUCAAUGGGUCUGGCGUGUCGAUCUUAUCGCGAUGACAUAUUUAGUUGUGCUCGUAUUACCACUAUCUCUUUUCUAUGCACUUGCAAGGGAGUAUGGUGUAGCGAGACGUCAAGCAGCAGGAACAGCCACUGCAUUACUUGCAUUCUACCUUUACGGCUUCUGGAAACUCGGCGAUGUGCUCGAACAAGAUUUACCACGUCAGUCAGUCGAAGCGUUCCUCUCCAUUCGCAACUUUGUGAGUCGUGUGAGUCUACUAGGAGUGAUGUUUAUGGCGCUACUAUCGGGUUUUGGUGCUGUCAAUUGUCCAUACGAGUACAUGACUUUCUUCUGGCGAAGAGUGGCCGAGGAAGACAUCGAAUUUCUAGAGAAAAGGCUGCGUCAUAAUUUGGAAAUUCUGAUUGCGAAGAAAAAACGUUUGACGUUAGAGUUACGUGCUUCAGUGAGGAGACAAGAUGAAGCUGAUGCAAGCAAGAAAAACUCAAUCAUUAUUUCUUUCUUAAAUCUCUUUUUGAAGCAAGACGAUACAACGUAUAUCAAGGUACUAAAAGCGGAAAUUUUGACGCUGGAAAGUCUUGGACGGGAAUUGUUUCUAGAAGUGAAUGAUUUACGAAAUGUACAGGCUAGAGCACAAAAAGCGAGGACCGUGCGAGGCCGUAUAUUUAACUUUUUUGGCUAUGUAAUGUCUGCGUUUUGUAUGUACAAGAUGCUCAUGAGCACAGUGAACGUUGUGUUUCGAAGAAAUCGCGAUAAAGACCCGAUCACAGACGCUGUGGAGAAGCUUUUGUAUAUUUGGCCAUCGUUGGCGGAGCAAUUAAAUAUUCGAUUUUUGUCGGAGAUUGCAUCUCUUGGAUUUGUGGGUAUUCUUGUUUUUACACAAACGCGGGGGUUUCUUGUCACGCUGCUGAAAUUCUUUCGCACAUACUCUAGCACGGUUUCGUCAAACAGUGUCGUGCUUUGGCUUGCUCAUCUCACGGGAAUGUACUUCAUCUCUUCCUUCGUACUCAUGCGAAUGAAUCUCAGUCCUUUGCAUCGACAGCGGAUUGAUGAAGUGCUGGGGGAGAUAGAGUUCAAUGUGUUUCAUCGCUACUUCGACAUGAUGUUUGUCGUUAGCGCUUCGUGUAGCAUCGGCGUUCUUGCCCUUACGAAAUUCUCCAAGGCCUCACGAACGGCCUAUAAUGACUACGGCGAUCAUGACAAAUUUCCAUAA